UAUGUACUGAAGCUGCUCUCCAGUGUAUCCGUGAAAAGAUGGACAUAAUUGAUCUAGAAGAUGAAUCAAUUGAUGCUGAGAUUCUCAAUUCUAUGUCUGUUACAAAUGAACACUUUAAGACUGCUUUGGGAUCUAGUAACCCAUCUGCCCUCCGUGAAACUGUUGUUGAAGUACCAAAUGUCAGCUGGGAUGAUAUUGGUGGGCUGGAAAAUGUCAAGAGGGAACUGCAAGAGGUAGUUUGCUGGAUAUGUUUGAGGUUUUAUGUCCACCAAGUGUGAUUUUUUCUUUCUGAUGGUGAUAUUCUAGGA